CUGUAUAGCUUUGAGCAACUGCUGGCCUUUGUACUCCCGGAAUUUUACGUGCUCUACUAAAGCUGAACUGACCUUCAUGAUCAUGAACAAAGAUGAACCCACUUGUCACUAUCAUGAGCCCAGCAAACAGCCCUACGCCAGCAGCUCCCAAGUCCCUGAAUAUGGCCCCAGAAGAAUCAAUUAUCAGCUGCCUUUCACAUGGAGCAGUCCGAGAGGACUCUGCUGUCCUCUGGUUCGUCUCUACUUCCUGCACUGUAUUAGCAUGUUUGAAGUUAUUAAACUUACUGUUCAUUGUCAACAUCUGAUAAAUUGGAUUGGCCGCACAAAGAAUAGAAUUAAAACUUUAAAAACUGGAAUACAAAUGGAAGCACAAAGUCAAACACCAGUAAUAUAUGGUUUGCUAUCUCCGAUGACUCAUUAACUAACACACUCAGAAGUUUAGAAAAUUAUCCAUUAAGCAUCCACAAGAACAUGGAGCACCAGCACUUUCUCAUCACUGCUCUACCAUCUCAAGGCCACAUCAAUCCUACUCUUCAGCUAGCUAAAAACCUUGCACGAACAGGUGCCCAAGUCACCUUUGCCACCACGGUUUAUGGAUUUAGCCGCAUUAGAAACCUUCCAGCCUCUGGUUGUCUCUCCUUUGCAUCCUUCUCCGAUGGAUAUGAUGAUGAAAAGUCUCAGAAAAACCGCGAUUUCACGAGCUUUUCAUCUGAUACAAAGCGUUUCGGUUAUAAAGACCUUACCAAGUUGAUCCAAACUACAUCCAAGGAGGGUCGUCCAGUUACCUUCUUAAUCUACACAGUUAUGCUGCCUUGGGUGGCAGAAGUGGCGCGCGAGAUGCAUAUUCCAUCGGCUUUCUUAGCUAUCCAAAGUGCCACCACAUUUGCCAUCUAUCACAGGUACUUCAAUAGCCAUGAUGGUUUUUAUGAUGGAGUUCGUGAAGUUGAGUGUUCUUCAAUUUCCAUCAAAUUGCCUGAUCUUCCCUUGUUCGAAAAGGAGGAUUUGCCCACCUUUCUCUUACCUAAUGAUCAGUUCUUUGCUUUUACAGUUCCUUUUUUUCAUGAACAUAUAAAGAUCUUAGAGCAAGACUCUAAACCUUGUGUACUAGUCAAUACUUUUAACGAGUUGGAAGAAUCAUCAAUCAAAGCUGUUGAUGAUAUGAAUCUGAUCCCAAUUGGACCUUUGAUUCCUUCAGCUUUUUCUGAUCGCAAUGAUUUGACUGAUAAAUCUGUCGGUGUCGACUUAUUUGACACCCCCUCAAAAGGCUUUCUCCAAUGGUUGGACUCAAAGCCAGAAAGGUCAGUGGUUUAUGCAUCAUUCGGAAGCCUUGUGACAUUAAAGAAAGAAGAAAAGAUGGAGAUUUUGCAUGGAUUAAAGGAAGCUGGAAGGUCUUAUUUGCUCGUGUUACGAGCAGAUAACGAACAGGAAGAAGAAGUAAAGGCAGUGGUAGAAAAUAUUUCAAGUGAAGAGGGGAUGAUAGUGCCAUGGUGUUCACAAAUGGAGGUACUCUGUCACAGAUCAAUAGGGUGUUUUCUCACACACUGUGGGUGGAAUUCAACACUGGAGAGUAUUGUUGCUGGGGUUCCAAUUGUGGGAUGUCCACAUUUAUCUGAUCAGACAACAAAUGCAAAGUUGAUCGAGAAAGUUUGGGGUAUUGGGGUGAGAGCAAAAGCUAAUGAAGAAGGGGUGGUGGAAAGAGCAGAGAUCAGGAGGUGCUUGGAUACUGUGAUGGGAGGUGGUGAAAAAGGGGAAGAAAUAAGAAGAAAUUCUGCUAAAUGGAGAUGUAUGGCGAUUGAGGCUGUGAAGGAAAAUGGAUCUUCACAUAACAAUUUCAGAAACUUCUUGCAGAAAUUAGAGUAAGGAGACAAGGAUAUGAUGAUUUUGAGUCUGAGUUUAUGAAGUGAUCAUCAAUUGAACCUUUUGUCAUUUGUCAUGACUAACAUGCCAAUUGAAUUUAUUGCUCAUCUUUCUGUUGUAUUGGUCGCGUCUUACAUGAUCAAAUUGAAUUAUGUUUCCAAGAA